AUGUUGGUUCCAACCCCCAUUAGGAAAAUCAUUGAUCAUGCUAAAACCACUCUUGAGGAACCUCAUGUGGAACCACAUGUUGAAUCAUAUGACGAUCCACAUGUUGAACCAAAUGUUAAAAUAUACAUUCCAACAUCUGGUGAGCCAGGUGUUGAACCACCAACUGAAUCAGUUGUUGAUAUUCUUGUCUUUGAUACAAAUGUGAAUGACAUCUUGGAUGAAGAUGAUGAUUUAUCUGAACAUUUGAGGGAUAAUAUCCCUCAAUUGAAGAACCUGAGGGGGAAUUCUUCUCCUGUAACCAAAUCCACUAGAAAGGAUGUGUUGCUCGAGCUAAUGGAAGUUUCAAAGGCUAUGCAAGAAACACUUAAUGCAAGUACCAUCAGGAAGAGGAAUGUAGAUAGAUUGAUCAAAAUGUGGACCAAGGAGAAGUACAUAGAGGAAGAAGAAGAAUUUGACAGUGAAGAGGAAGAGAAACUUGCUAGUGAGGAAAAGGAGAAAAGCCCUGAGGAUUGA